CGCUUCUUUUUGAUUAUUAUCUUUAUGUGUUUUAUGUGUGAGAAAAAAAAUAAAUUUUUAUUAAAAUUUAACUCUUCAUUAUGAUAAAACUUUUAACGAUUUCCCGAAAAGUUUAUCUUGUUAGUCCAAAGGAUGGGGAAUAUGAAGAAUAUAAUUCUGAUGAUUGGACUGCAACGACAGCUGCAACAUUAAUCCCUUCAACUCAAAAAGUUUAUAUCACAACAUCGUUUAAUAAUCUUUGGGAAAUUUCUUUAAAUGAAAGAAAAGCAAAAAAAAUUAGUUGGGAUGGGUGGGGAACUUGUAAUGCUUUAGUAUCAGUACCGAAUGAUGAAGGGGGACAUAAAUUAUUUGCAUUUUGUCAUAAACUUUGGUUGGUUGAUGAUCCAAAUACGGGUCAUUGUAUAGAUUUUUUAGGAGGAUUUAUGGAUGUUUGGACAAGAGUUAAUGCAGCAGCAGUAGUAGGUCAAAACAUCUUUGUUACCACUUCAGCAAAUAAUUUAUGGUGUAUUGAUAGUACUGGUAAUGAAGAACCUAAAAAAUUGGGAGGUGGUUCAGAUAAUUGGUCAACUUGCAAAGCUUUGGUUGCAGUUGAUGAUAAAUUAAUCGCUUUUUGUUAUGGUUUAUGGGAAGUUAAUAUUCAAAACGGUAACAGUACUCCUUUCUUUGACGAUAAUUCUGACGAUGCUAAAAGAUCUUGGUCAAGUGUAAGGUCAGCUACUGUUAUUGGUCAUAACAUUUAUGUUAUAAAUGGAAGUCAAUUACUUGAAUUAGAUACCAUUAAUAAGAAUGUUAGAGAAAUAAGUAAUGAUGAUUGGGGAUAUACUAAAGCAAUAGUUGCUAUCGAAGUUACUGAAUAAUUUUAAUAAAUAUUAAAAAAGAAGAUUGAUUGUUUC